AUGGGCAGGAUAGCUACAAUACUGUUCGCCCAUCGUCUAGGGACGUCUCUCGAGCCUGAAUGCAAGAUGUAUAGGCUUGCUGCUGACGUCCUGAAUGAUUCGGCGUUGAUCUUCGAUUGUCUUUCUCCAGCACUCCCGAAGCGCCUGAGGGUUGUAGUUUUGGCCUUUUCGAGCGUUUUAAGAGCGCUCUGUGGGGUGGCUGCUGGGAGUUCGAAAGCGAGUUUGAGCAGUCAUUUUGCGAAGUGGGGGAAUUUGGGGGAGUUAAAUGCUGUGCGUUUUCCUAAUGUGUUGGUGAUCGCCAUUUCAGGGGCCGCCCAACGGGGCUUUCCGUUCCUUUUCUCUGAUGCUGACCAAAAGCUCCAGAAAGAUUCAAGCCAAGAAACAGUGAUAUCUCUCUUAGGAAUGCUGUGCGGAAGCGUCGUUGUCUCACACAUAUCCACCCCUUUCGCAACGUGGACGACUUUGCUGCUUCUCCUCCUAGUACACCUCUCGACGAACUACGCCGCGGUGCGCUCAGUCAACAUGACCACUUUGAAUCGCCAACGAGCCAACAUCGUUUUCUCAACUCUCUUCGAAAAAGGUAGUGUCCUCACCCCAACGGAGGCAUCUAAAUGCGAAAGAAUCUUCGAGCGCGAUGGGAUUCUCCGCUGGAAAGCAUCCCCCGCGGCUCUGGGAUAUUGUCAAAUAGGGGGUUCGUUCCAGGAGUUACUGCGUGGCUCUACACAUGGAGCAAAUUCCAUUCGUGACGUUGGAAUUGAUAUUUACAAACUUCUACGCCUGUUUGAAAAGGAGGAGUAUGUCCUAUGGUUCAACCCCAUUCAUAAAAAGGGGACCAUAGUCUUGAAGAAUAAUGUGACCCCUAUAUCGCAGCUCAAGGCCUGGAGUCAUGCGCUGAUAGUUGCGAAGCGCUUAACGGAUCUGAGGCGAGAAGAAGCUGAUAGGAUCAACGUGAGCACGGUGGAGAAGGAGGAGGAAGAUAAAUCGAAACAACGAAAUGAAAGUGUUUCCGUCUCCAACCUUACCGACCCAGACACGAUGUUCUCGAUCCUCGAAUCCACGCUAUGCGCCCAUUCUGCGAGCUUCGCAGACCAGAUCGGAAUGCUAACGGAUGCUGGGUGGGACGUUGCCACGCCCUCCCUGGAGACUCGACCCGCGAGGAGGUUUGAGGUGGUGGACAUAAUCAGACUGGUGGGUGACCUCCACGUGUUUCAUAUCACCUACAUAGGACGCCGGUUAUCUUAUCUCCCCGGUCAAACCACCAAUGGCACGAUUUCUACGGCUCACAAAAACCUGGCCAUAGAAGCGCCACCGGCCAACCCAUGUCGGCCUGACGAGGAUUACGUUCUGGAUGCGCAUGCCAGAUUCGCAUUUAGGUUCUAUCCGGGGAAAAAGCUGAACCUCCGUCGUUUGACGGAGUAA